AUGUCCCUCCUAGGAAAAGUCGCCAUCGUCACUGGAGGCGCCCGUGGCAUCGGCGCUGGCAUCGUUCGCAGCCUAAGCCAAGAAGGUGCAAAGGUCGCAUUCAACUACGUCUCUCCAUCCUCCCGCACCGCCGCAGACGCACUCGUAUCCUCCCUCCGCAAUGACAACAAAGAAGCCAUCUCCAUCCAAGCCGACAUGGCCGACACAAACGCUCCCGCCACUAUCAUUAAAGCCACAUUAGACUCCUUCCAAACUGAUACAAUUGAUAUCCUCGUCAACAAUGCGGGUGUAGGCGACAACAGACCCCUUGGCGAUGUCACGCUAGACGCAUACAUGCGCAUGAUGGAUAUCAACGUGCGCGCUGUGAUCUUCAUGACACAAGCCGUCCUGCCUCACCUCCCCCAGCCUCGUGGCGGCCGCAUCGUCAAUCUCUCCUCCAUCUCCGCGCGCGGCGGAUAUCCCACGCAGUCUGUGUACGCGGCCAGUAAAGCUGCCGUCGAGGGUCUCACUCGGGUCUGGGCCACGGAGCUGGGCCAUAGCUACGGCGUGACUGUGAAUGCCGUGAAUCCGGGUCCUGUUGAUACGGAUAUGUACCAGGCAGCUGGGCCGGUGCAUUUGGCACGAAUGGAGGAGCAGAACAAGAAGGUUCCGGCAGAACAGAGGUGCGGGACUGUGGAUGAUAUUGGGGAUAUUGUGCUUUUCUUGUCGCAGGAGAGGUCGAGGUGGGUUACAGGGGAUGUUAUUUGUGCUAAUGGGGGGAUGUUGUAUACUUGA